AGCGAUGUGGGCGUUGCUGGGCAGGCUCGGCGUGGCGCAGGCCGUGGGCCCGGCCCGGUUGAUCGCUGUGCGCCCCGCGGCCGCAGGAGCCUUCUCCAUACCCCACGUUACCAUGGCCACCCACUUCUCCAAGGAUCAGGAGGAGAGAAUCAGGUGUGUGAAGGGGGACCUGUUCUCGUGCCCGAGCACGGAUGCCCUGGCUCACUGCAUCAGCGAGGAUUGCCGCAUGGGCGCCGGCAUCGCCGUGCUCUUCAAGAAGAAGUUUGGAGGCGUCCAGGAGCUCCUGGAUCAAAAGAAGAAGACGGGGGAGGUGGCAGUUCUGCAGAGGGACGAGCGGUACAUUUAUUACCUGAUUACAAAGCAGAAGGUUUCUCACAAGCCCACGUAUGAGAACAUGCAGAAGAGUUUGGAAGCCAUGAAAGCUCACUGCCUGAACAAUGGAGUCACUGACAUCUCCAUGCCCAGGAUUGGAUGUGGACUCGAUGGCCUGCAGUGGGAAAAGGUGUCAGCCAUCCUUGAGGAAGUGUUUGACAACACUGACAUCAAGAUCACAGUUUACAGCCUGUGAGCAGAACAAAGAUCCCCAUUUCCCCCAAUUUUGGGAGCAGAACCUGUGAACUGACAACGGGGGACCUGUGUGGGGAGCACGUUCUGGUGUCACUCACGUGUGUGACAGUGACAGUGGCUUCCAGCAGCAGCAAGCUCCAGAGAAGCUCAUUUGGGGCUGUUAAUUAGGAGGCAGCGGCGCUGUGAACACCCUCGGGGAGCUCCCAGUGUGUCCCUGCAGCCACCAGGUGUCACUGGGGCUCCACGCAGUCACACGGAGCCGCUGCCUCGGGGUUUCUGCUUGGCUUGGUGCUGGUGAGCUGCCCCAGGCAGCGCUGCCACCUCUGCUUUGUUCUCUUUGCCAUGUCCUGCCUGCCUGGCACUCGGGUCACUCAGCUGCUCUCACAGGAGGAACGGUUUCAUUUCUUCCUUCUGGCCACAAAUUGGGUUUGUUGAGAUCGUGCUCACUCAGGAUCAUGGUGUGAUGUUUAAAUAAACAGUGCCCUGUUGUUGGACUGGUA